AUGGUAGAUAGAAACAACAGGACGUGUCCGGCCCAGAGCGACGAUAUCUGGGGCACCUCACGGCCACGCGAUGUCCGCCUCCAGGUCUACCUCUCCCUGACACUCGGUGUGGGAGCAUUCCUAGUCUUUUGCUUCCUUCGCCCGCGCUGGAAAGGCCUUUAUGCGGCGCGCAAGAAGCAGAACAGCCUCCAGACGGCGCUGCCCGACCUCCCCGACAGCUUUUUUGGCUGGAUCAUACCGCUAUGGAAAAUCACCGACGAACAGGUGCUGGCAUCGGCUGGCCUCGAUGCUUACGUAUACCUCGCAUUCUUCAAGAUGGCAAUCAAGUUUCUGCUCAUCACGCUCUUCUUCGCCCUCGUCAUCAUCAAGCCGGUGCACGACACCCACCAGGACAAAGAGGGGAAGAAAUCCCCUAUUCAUACUGACCCCAGCAACGAACACGUCGAAGUUCGCGCCACAUUUACCACAUUUGCCGCCGAGUAUGAGCGCUACACCGACUACCUGUGGAUGUAUCUUGCCUUUGUCUACCUCUUCACCGCCCUUAUACUAUACUUGAUUGUCUCGGAAACAAGACGCAUCAUUGAAAUCCGCCAAGAGUACCUGGGCAGCCAGACAACUAUUACCGACCGAACUAUCCGACUUUCCGGUAUCCCAGUCGAUCUCCGCUCCGAGGACAAGAUCAAGGACUUCAUCAUGGAUCUUGGCAUUGGAAAGGUGGAGAGUGUGACGCUGUGCAGGGACUGGAAAGAGCUAGACCAAAAGGUCAUUGAAAGGCAGGCUAUUUUGCGAAAGCUCGAGGAGGCCUGGACGGUCCAUCUCGGCAGCCGAAGGGUGGAGCGAAGCCUAGAAACACUCCCGGUGGUCCAGCCACCACCACCAGAGCCCGUAGUCGACGGCUCCACCAACGACGAGGAGGCCAGUCAUUUUUUGAGCGAAUCUGAACGCGACCCCGACCACGUGAUUCCGUAUGCCCAGCGGCGUCCAAAAACCAGAAUCUGGUACGGCCCCUUGAAGCUGCGAUUCAAGACGGUGGAUGCCAUUGAUUACUACGAAGAAAAACUGCGACGCAUGGACGAGACGAUCCGAGCUCUGCGCAAGAAGGAGUUUGAGCCGAUGCCUCUGGCGUUUGUGACAAUGGACAGCGUUGCGAGCGCUCAGAUGGCCAUUCAGGCCGUACUCGACCCUUCGCCAUUGCAGCUCUUAGCGAACAACUGCCCAGCACCAUCUGACGUUGUCUGGCGGAACACGUAUCUGACUCGCGGAAAAAGAAUCUGCAGGGCCUGGGCCAUCACCGUCGUCAUCGGCGUACUAAGCGUCUUCUGGACGGUUCUUCUAGUGCCCAUUGCCGGUGCUCUCAACACAUGUUCCAUCCAUGAGGUUUUUCCAGGGCUGGCAGCGGCAUUGGAGAGAAACAAGACUCUUGAAUCUCUUGUCAACACCCAGUUGCCCACGCUAGCGCUUACCUUGAUCAAUGUUGCCGUACCUUUUCUAUACGACUGGCUUGCAAACAAGCAAGGCAUGAUCUCACAGGGCGACGUUGAGCUAUCGGUCAUCUCGAAGAAUUUCUUCUACACUUUCUUCAACUUCUUCAUCCUGUUCACCAUACUAGGAACAGCCUCUGGGUUCUUGGCCAUGCUGGAGCGCUUCGCCGAAAAACUAACCAGCGCCACCGAGAUUGCCUAUGCUUUGGCCACCUCACUAUCCAACCUGCUGGGAUUCUACACAAAUUUCAUCAUUCUCCAAGGGUUUGGCAUCUUUCCAUUUCGACUCCUGGAAUUUGGCGCCCUUUCCCUAUACCCAGUCUACUUGAUCGGUGCCAAGACACCUCGCGAUUAUGCUGAACUUGUCCAGCCUCCCGUCUUCAGCUACGGCUUUUACCUGCCACAGACGAUUCUCAUUUUCAUCAUCUGCAUGGUGUACAGUGUGUUGAAAGACUCUUGGCAGGUGUUGCUGACUGGCUUGGUCUACUUCAUGAUCGGUCAUUAUGUCCACAAGUACCAGCUGUUGUAUGCAAUGGAACACCGACAACACUCGACUGGAAAGGGCUGGACAAUGAUGUGUGACCGUGUCAUCAUAGGCGCGGUGCUUUUCCAAAUCACAGUUGCCGGUCAACUGGCUCUGAAGAAGGCGUUCAAGCGAGCCGUGCUCGUGGCACCGCUCGUCAUCGGCACCUUGUGGUUUUUGUUCGUAUUUGCACGCACCUACCGGCCGCUGAUGAAGUUCAUCGCUCUCAAGAGCCUGCGACACCCGGGACGAUCAGACCUCGGCCGCGAUGUCCAGGAAGAAUCCUUUGCUGCCAGGCGAAAUGGCCGGAGGGUCAUGGGCAGACUCACCUUGGACGAAGCUCGCGAGAGUGGUCUGCGAUUUGAGAACCCAAGUGUGGCUAUGCCACUCGAAGGCCCCUGGAUCAACAAGCGUGUCAGACACGCAAAUGGAUCGGAUAGCUCCGUCAUCGACGGAGCAAACGGUGUUUGGGACUGAUCAGAAUGCACCUUCCACGUUACCACGCUCACGACGCACCUUCACGCAUGCAUCUUACCGUCUUGCUUUCCUGUAGCGCGCUUUGCUCCUUCUCUCGCUUGUGCUUUGUUGAUACCCAUAUACGCAACGAAAUUGGUUACGAGUUUACGGCAUCUUUACUUAGCGAACAUCAUCCAGUCACUGCGCAAUCAUACUCCCCCUCAAUACCAUCUCUAUACACUACAAUACAUAUUC